CGGCAAGGCGAACGGAUGUGCGUUUAUCGAACAAAUCGAUUAAUCGCGAAAUGUUUUAAGCAUCGCAAUUACAAUAAAAAAAAUCGGACGCCUCUGUCACGAGCUUUGUUCAGCUAAAACAACCGGACAAAAUUCAACUAGAUAUUUCCACCUUAAUCAGAUUUAAAUAGCACUGACGCCGGGUCGUAAGUGGACGUGUAUGUGAUGUUUUCGAUGUACUUAUAAAGUUUAUAUUUACUUUAUAUAAAAAAAUCUUUUUUUUUUCAAAGUAUUUUGAACAUUAUUUGUUUUUAUUUUGACGUACAAACUGAAUGGUCCAAUUUAGUAUCAUAUUUUGAAAAUUAUUUCCAAGCUGAAUAUCAAAAUCACACUUCAUAUCAAUUUUUCUAAUUCUUAUAAAAUGUUUGUUCUGAAAAUUUUUACGGUAUGAGGACCAAGUUUUGAUUAUUUAGGAAAUCGUUCAAAGUGUAUAUAGAACCAAUAACUAAAGUGAACUGUGUGAAUAUAUAAUAGACAUAUCGUUUCCCGAGGUUUAUAGCAAGAACAACGAAAAUUAUUAAAGUAAUUUAAACUAUCAGAUGGCGUUUUUGGGCAAUUUCACCAAACCCGUCAUGAGGCAGUCCGAGAUCCUAAAACAAAAUGUCCGUGCCAACAACUGAUAGUACUGAAGCUAUAACUAAUUCCGGUUAUGGUAGUAGUGAUGAAACAGCGAGCCUUUUAGUUUCUGGACCAUCAGUAACAGUAAUAGUUCCCACAGAAAAUAGAACAGUUAAACCAGUUUUACAAAGACAAGAUUGUACUACUCAUUUAAGACCGCAAUUAUCGGGUGGUCCGGGGAGUGAAGAAAGUGCUGCUUCAAUAAGAAUUGAAGAAGGAACAACUAGAAGUGUACCCGACAUAGAACUACAAUGCCGUGAGCCUCCCGACCGACCGCAGACACUUGUGUCACCUUUCACAACUUGCUCACAUAGAGGAUCAGUGCCCGCAUGUCAAUUAGUUCCACAUUCGUAUAGUAGAUGUCGUAUUUGUGAAAGAAGACAGUCAACGGCCCCAAUGUCCGCCUUACAACUAGCGCGAUCUGUGUCAAGGGAGAGUGUGCGUUCGGCGGUUCACUACCCGUGCGGAUGUAGUUCGCUCCACGCUGUAAGCACAUGUCCUGUCAUUCAACCACCAGCCUUAUUGUUACCAGCCACAAGUACAAGAAUUAUUCGACAGAGUUCGCAACCUGAGUCUAGCGCAUGCGCGACGCACUGUGUUCAUCAUUCACACCAACACCCUAGCGCCUCACUGCGACAGUUGAGGGAACCUGGUGAUGGAAUCGCAGGAAUAGCGGCGGAUUCGUUACGAAUCAACGGUGGAAUGCGACCCUUCAAGCAGGCCUGCACGGGAGCUCGGAACCACGUGCCACAGCUGCGGAAGCCAGUGUCGACGCUUUCGAUCCCCGGCGCUAUGAAGGCGUACUCCAGUGGGAGAGACGCGGCCGCCGAGGAAGCGGGCGUUGCGUUAGUUGGCGUACACAGCGAAUACCCGCGUUACGGCGAAGAGAGGGCUCUAGGCGGUGGGACCUACAAGGGCGGGGGGGCCGCUAAACACAAGCCUAAUAUAGGAUAUAGAUUAGGUAGAAGAAAGGCUUUAUUUGAAAAAAGAAAAAGGAUAAGCGAUUACGCAUUAGUAAUGGGAAUGUUUGGUAUUAUAAUAAUGGUUAUAGAAAACGAACUUUCUAGUGCUGGGGUCUACACAAAGGCAUCAAUAUAUUCGCAAGCGUUAAAGACGCUGAUAUCAAUGUCGACUGUGAUCUUACUCGGCCUAAUCGUGGCUUAUCACGCUUUAGAAGUACAGUUAUUUAUGAUAGACAACUGCGCUGAUGACUGGCGUAUUGCGAUGACGUGGCAGCGGAUAGCCCAGAUAGCUCUUGAGCUGGCCAUAUGCGCCGUCCACCCAAUUCCGGGGCAAUAUACGUUCACUUGGACAACUAAAUUAGCGAACAAGGGCGGUGUUAUAGGUGUUGAAGUUGAAACAAUAUAUAAACAAAUUCAGGUUCCAUAUGAUGUAACGCUGUCUCUACCGAUGUUCUUUCGCCUGUAUUUGAUAUGUAGAGUCAUGCUUCUUCACAGUAAAUUAUUCACUGAUGCCUCUUCCAGAAGCAUAGGGGCUUUGAAUAGAAUAAAUUUUAAUACCAGAUUUGUAUUAAAAACACUUAUGACUAUAUGUCCUGGGACUGUUUUACUUGUGUUUAUGGUCUCACUUUGGAUAAUUGCUAGCUGGACUUUAAGGCAGUGCGAAAGGUUUCACGAUGAAGAACAUGCUAACCUACUCAAUGCGAUGUGGCUUAUUGCCAUUACAUUUCUCUCCGUCGGUUUUGGUGACAUUGUGCCGAACACAUAUUGUGGCAGAGGUAUCGCCGUUAGCACCGGCAUUAUGGGGGCGGGAUGUACAGCAUUAUUAGUGACAGUUGCGUCGAGAAAGUUAGAAUUAACUAGAGCGGAGAAGCAUGUACAUAACUUCAUGAUGGAGACCCAGCUCACUAAAAAGCUGAAAAAUGCCGCAGCUAAUGUAUUAAGAGAAACAUGGUUAAUAUACAAACAUACACGUCUCGUCAAGAGGGUUCAUCCUGGGCGCGUGAGAACCCACCAAAGAAAGUUUUUACUAGCUAUUUAUGCAUUACGGAAAGUUAAGAUGGAUCAAAGAAAGCUAAUGGACAAUGCCAACACUAUAACAGACAUGGCAAAGGACCCCUUUCUUUUACAGACACAGAACAUGGUUCAUGAGAUAGUGUCAGAUAUGAGUACAAGGCAGGACACGAUUGAAGAAAGACUUACUAGUUUAGAAGAGAAACUAACUACUUUACAGGAGCAAGUCAAUAAUUUGCCAGAUGUCAUGGCUAGGUGCUUACAACAAUGUUGGGAGCGAGCAGAACAAAGAAGGAACUUUCUGCAUCCUGACACAGCAGCUGCGCCUACUCCACCCGCAUCGUCUAUUUCUCCAUAUUCUAGGACUUUAGCAACAUCAACCCAUCCUUGGCCGCCUAGUCCAGUACUGCCAAACGCCAGAACGCAUUUACCUUCUGAAGGCGGGUCCAUUUCAGCUGCACCUCAGACCUCGAGCCCCGCGCCUCACUCGCGGCCUCCGCUACCCAGCUGAGUACCGCCCUCCAACUCCGAACUACUAUGCUGAACUAGACGAAACUCGGCGCCCGUCCUCUGACCCCCAACAGCCCCUAUGAGGCCAUCGGGGUAAUUGUUUCACGAUUUUAAUUACACAAUCUUGUUGCACAGUUUAUUAAAGUUUAUAUUCUUUUAAGAACUAUAAUUUUAUACUUUUUUGUGACUGAUGGUGUUAAAGUAGUGUGACAGAGGAAUGAAGUGUUUGUGAAAUAAUUAACCCGGUUCGCCGACGGACCACACCGCGGAGCGAGACAAGGUCAGCCGUAGUUUUCUUCGCUGUUCCCUAAAGUUUCGGAAGUGUCAGACUGUUUUUAGUGAUAUCGUUAAGGUAGUGAAUAACGGGAAAGGACAUGCUGUUGUUUCUGAUUAUACAAUGCUUUAUUGAUAGACGCUUUAGCCAAUACGUUAUCUGAAUUUGUACUGUUAUUAAUCAAACAACAAUAUAAACCUGGUUUAAAAUUUUGUCAACAGUUUAUUUAUUAUAUAUAAAUGCAGAUUUUUUAUCUAUAACACACUAUUAUUAAACAUAUGAUGUAAAUAUGACAGAUUCAAAACUCAUGCAACAAGGAACAUAUUAAAUGGUUUAUAAAUUUGAUAUAUUCAUUGUUGUUGUGAAAUAAGUAAUAAAGUGAAAUAUAUAAAAAUAAUUAUAAUUUGAACGAACACUAGAUUUCUUGAUGUUAUUAUAGUUAGCAGACAAUAUUAUGUAAAACCCUAAAAUAUAUACAUAUAAUAAUUAAAAAAUCGCAUUAUUACGAAUAUAUCCCCAUUUUUACUCUUAAUAAUUAAUUAAAGAUAAGGUAAAUUAAGUUUAUCACAAGUUCUAUGCUGUAUACACACUUUUUUAGGUUAGAGAUUAACUUAAUUGUUACUACCUGCCUAUUGACAUGUAGAUUGUAAAAGUUUUUAUAGUGUAGAAUAAGUAAAGCUUUGUAAUAAGAAAUUAAGAUUGAUGGCUGUCUAAAUAGUGCCUAAAACACUACGAAAAUUUCGAUUAUUCAGUUUAUUAUCCUAAUAAAUAUUAAACAUGUAAAUAGGAAAAUUAAGAUUUGAUAGAGUACUUUUAAAAUGUAAUGAAUGAUUUUCUAGCUUGUAUGCGUUUGAGUCAUGGGAUCAAUUUCCUUGUAAAGCUCUGUUCUAUAAUGAAUGCUCUCCUUACAAAACUAUCUUUUACAACAAAUUUAUCAAGGAUGUACCUUCUACUCUUAUAUUAUAUCGUCAGCGUAUUGAUCUGUAAACAUAUUUCCAAUGAAAAAUAAUCAUAUUAUAAUAAUAACAAACUCAUAUGUUUAUAAUACAAAAAAGAACAAUAAAAAAUUUAAAAACAGAAAAAUUUGUUGUACAAACAGAUAUUCAGGAGCCCUUAUUUUAGAUAAAUAAUCAACAUACAAAACUUUGUAUUCUGGUUAAUUUUCUUAACUGUGACCCUGUUUCAAAACAAUAUGUCCUUUUAUCCAUUUCUAGUGUUUAUUUUAGUAAUCGUGAUUUGUUAGUUACGUUAAGCUUCACAUUAACUAAUUUUAUUUUAAAAUAAUCUUGUUAUUUAAUUGCUCUCAAUAUUAAUAGUUUUAACUCACAACACGACUUUCCGCAAUAUAAAAAUAAUUUAAUACAAAAAUGCAAACAGAAAUAGUUUCAAACAGAAAACACACAAGGAACUAAACACAGUUCAAACAUAUGUUCUCAAAUUGUAUAUUUAUAGAACUUUAACACGGCACACUCUACUCUCACUCUUUUUCUUCUUAAUUGCUAAUAAAAAUAUGAAUUCAAUAAAUAAGUUAUUUGAAAUAAAACACCAAUUAGAUCAUUAGGGCUGCUAAUUAGUGUUAUUUUAAAAAUGUUUUUAAAUAUCUUGCAUUGCUUUUUUUCCUUUCCAUAGUAAUACUUAGUGAUUACUUUAUUGUUAUUUUCUUAAUAUUUUUACUUAAUAAGUUUUAAGAGUUUUAAAUUAAUUUUCUUGCUAGUCAUUGAUUUGUAAAUGUAGUUUAGUAAUAUUAAAAUCUCAUUCGUUUGUCAUUGUCAUCUCAAUGUAACAAUCUUUAUGUAUUAUUUAACUCAAUAAAUUUCUAGCCACCUUUAAUAUAGACAUUUAUUUGUAAGAAGAAUUGACCAAAAUUGUUUAAGAUUGAUUAAAGUAAAAAUGUAAAUACUAAGUGAAAGUAAUUAAGAAAGACAUGUGUAAAAAAAAUAUGUAAAAAGUUGUAUUUGCAAAUUUUAAUGUAAAUAAACACACAAUUGUUUCCAGUAAUUUAUUUUUAAAUAACUAGGUUCAAAAAUUAAUUGGAAUUUUAAAUUGUAUGCAAUUAGUACGUUCUAUGCGGUGCGAAAAUUGAUGAAAAUUAAAUUUUUGUGAUCAUUUUUAAUGAAAAGAAAGUGUAACUUCGAUUAUAUGAGCUGUAGUAUUUUUUAAAA